ACCAUGGCUAAAAAGGACCAGGCGUCCGAGAUUGAGCAUGUCUCUGGCCAGAGCAACCAGCCCAUGACCCGGCCUGCUCAUGCCCUCUCCUUCGACCAGGUUGUCCAGGAGCUCAAGACAGACACUCUCAGCGGCUUGACUGAAACCGAGGCCAAGCAACGAUUCGAGACCUUUGGUAACAAUGAUCUCGGAGAUGCUGAGGGUGUGCAGCCCCUCAAGAUCAUCAUUGCCCAGGUUGCCAACGCCAUGACAAUGGUGCUGAUCCUGGCUAUGGCCGUUUCUUUCGGUAUCAAGUCUUGGAUUGAGGGCGGUGUCGUCGCCUUCAUCAUUGGUCUCAACGUCACAGUUGGAUUUUUCCAGGAGUAUUCUGCCGAGAAGACCAUGGACUCGCUCCGAUCCAUGUCGUCUCCUACCGCCAGUGUCGUCCGAGAUGGCGACUCCAAGGUUAUCCCCUCUGUGCAGGUCGUUCCCGGUGAUCUUGUGGAAAUCAAGGUCGGCGACACGAUCCCUGCUGACGUCCGACUGAUCGAGGCCAUCAACUUUGAGACCGAUGAGGCCAUGUUGACUGGCGAGUCCCUCCCUGUCCGAAAGAAUGAAGAUGAGGUUUUCGAAGACAACACUGGUCCCGGUGACCGUAUCAACGUCGCCUACAGCUCCUCGACCGUCACCAAGGGCCGCGCCAAGGGUAUCGUUUUCGCUACUGGUACCUGCACUGAGAUUGGUGCCAUUGCUGCUGCUCUCCGAAAGAAGGACAGCCGUGUCCGUCCCGUCAAGCGCAAGGCUGAUGGCUCUGCCAAGCCCCACCGAUACCUCGAGGCCUACACUCUUACUCUUACUGAUGCCAUUGGUCGUUUCCUCGGUGUUAACGUCGGAACUCCUCUCCAGAAGAAGCUGUCUCGACUGGCACUUCUCCUGUUCGGCACUGCCGUCAUCUGCGCUAUCAUUGUCCUUGCUGCCAACGAUUUCGAUGCUUCCCAACAGGUCAUCAUCUAUGCCGUCGCCACUGGUCUGUCCAUGAUUCCCGCUAGUCUGGUCGUCGUCUUGACCAUCACUAUGGCUGCCGGUACUAAGCGCAUGGUUGAGCGAAACGUCAUUGUCCGAAACCUCAAGUCCCUCGAGGCUCUUGGUGCCGUUACCGACAUUUGCUCCGACAAGACUGGUACUCUUACCCAGGGUAAGAUGGUUGCUCGUGGAGCCUGGACUCCUGGUAAGGGAACCUACCUUGUUGAGAACACUACCGAGCCUUUCAACCCCACCACUGGCGAUAUCCGAUGGUCUCGAUCCCAGCCCCAUGAGCUUCCCCUCAAGCAGGGUGGUGAGGCCUGCGGUGUUGUUGCUUCCAUUAACGAGUUCCUUGGCCAGAGCAAGUCUGCUCUUACUGCCUUCCUCGAGGUCGCUUCCCUUGCCAACCUUGCCACUGUCAACGAGAAGAACGGUGAGUGGCACGCUCGUGGUGACCCUACCGAGAUUGCCAUUCAGGUGUUUGCCUCCCGCUUCGACUGGAACCGUCUCCGACUCACUAGCCACGAUGCCGCCAACCAGUUCAGCGAGAUUGCCGAGCUGCCUUUCGAUUCCGAUGUGAAGCGCAUGUCGGUGAUCAUGAAGGACAACCGUACCGAUCAGCUCUAUGCCUUCACCAAGGGUGCCGUCGAGCGUGUCAUUGGUGCCUGCACCACCUACUGCCCCGAGGACAACGAGGAGCAGGUUCCCAUCACCGAGGAGUUCACCGAGCAGAUCCUCCGCAACAUGGAGGCUUUCGCCGGUAUGGGUCUCCGUGUUCUGGCUCUCGCUUCCAAGCCCUACAACGUCCCGAUGAAGAAGGGUGACGAAAUUGACCGUCCUUCCGUUGAGUGCGACCUUGUCUUCCGUGGUCUCGUCGGUCUCUACGACCCUCCCCGUCCCGAGUCUGCUCCCGCUGUGCGAGAAUGCCACGAGGCUGGUAUCUCGGUCCACAUGCUUACUGGUGAUCACCCCGAGACUGCCAAGGCUAUCGCCAUCGAGGUCGGCAUCCUGCCCACCCGCAUGGAUCUCGUUGCCGUUGAGACUGCUGCCACUAUGGUCAUGACUGCUACCCAGUUUGAUGGUCUUACCGAUGAUGAGGUUGACCAGCUGCCUUUCCUCCCUCUUGUUAUUGCUCGAUGUGCUCCUCAGACCAAGGUCCGAAUGAUUGAGGCCCUGCACCGUCGUGACAAGUUCUGCGCUAUGACUGGUGAUGGUGUCAACGAUUCUCCCUCGCUCCGCCGUGCCGAUGUCGGUAUUGCCAUGGGUCAAGCCGGUUCUGAUGUCGCCAAGGAUGCCUCGGAUAUCGUUCUCAGUGAUGACAACUUUGCCUCCAUCGUCGCUGCCAUCGAGGAGGGUCGCCGUAUCUUUGACAACAUCCAGAAGUUCAUCCUCCACGUGCUCGCCACCAACGUCGCCCAGGCUCUCGUCCUCCUCGUCGGUCUCGUCUUCAAGGACCGCACCGGUCUCUCCGUCUUCCCCAUCGCCCCCGUCCAGAUUAUGUGGAUCAUCAUGGCUACCUCUGGUCUUCCCGACAUGGGUCUCGGUUUCGAGCGUGCCGUCGCUGGUAUCCUCCGCCGACCUCCUCAGCCCCUCAAGACUGGUGUCUUUACUCUCGAGUUCAUCAUUGACAUGAUCGUCUAUGGUCUCUGGAUCGCCGCCCUGUGCCUCAGUGCUUUCGUGCUCCGCCUGUACGCCUUUGGUGACGGCGAGCUCGGUAUUGACUGCAACGACAAGUACAGCGAGAGCUGCAAGACCGUCUUCAAGGCCCGUGCCACCACUUUUGCCUGCCUGACCUGGUUCUCUCUGUUCCUCGCCUGGGAGAUGAUUGACAAGCGACGAUCCUUCUUCCGCAUGCAGCCUGGUUCCAAGAAGUACUUCACCCAGUGGAUGCACGAUGUGUGGCGCAACCAGUUCCUCUUCUGGGCCAUCAUGCUCGGCUUCGUGACCCUCUUCCCUCUCCAGUACAUCCCCGUCAUCAGCGACACUGUCUUCAAGCACAAGGGUAUUACCUGGGAGUGGGGCAUCGUCUUUAUCGCUGCCGGUCUCUUCUUCGGUGGCAUUGAGCUCUGGAAGUUUGGUAAGCGCGUCUACUACCGCCACGUUGCCCGCAGCCGGGACGGCGUCGACUGGAAGGACAUGGACCUCGAGCAGCGAACCUUUGGCGAGUACCUCACUCCUGAUUCGAGCGAGGCCAGCGUUCGCCACGGCCUCGAGAAGGUGCAGGUUCCCCCUCCUAUGGCCAAGAAGCGAGACGAGGAGAAGAAGGCGUGAAGGAACAAUCAAGAAGAGAAGAUCUCGAAUGGAAUUCUGGGGGUCAAGAUGAUAACAUGAUCCCCUUGGGCUGGAAACAAGAAGGAAAGCACAAGAACCACGAGGAAAGCAACUCAGAGAAUGAGGUGCCAAAUUGGACAAAACGGAGAGACAGUGGAAGGGUUCCAAAAGGUGGAGGAGGAGAGCAAAAAACACAAGAUGCUCUCUACCAGAAAGACCCAAAAAAUGCCACUAAAGGUCCCUCCAAGGACAUGGGCUGGCCAAGAGAGUGUAGAAGAGGAGGAGGAAAGGAUUGUGGAGGACUUGUAAUGAGGAUCAUGGAAGUUCCAGUUCCUGCCGAGUACCUACCCAAGUAGCCCAAAAUAUUCC